ACCUGACCAUAGAACGAGAUCCCUGGACCAGUUCUACUACCACUCUUUGGCUGCAGAUGAUAUUCAAAGACGCGACGAAAACCAGGCCGUAACCCGCUAUUUGAUCGACAGCAAGAACGGUGAAGGGGUUCAUAGUAGCAGGGACUGGUGGCCAAUCCUCGGUGUUGACCAACUUUGGCUCUGGGUUAUUGAUAAUGAGAGACUAUUAUUACCUCUUCUACUCGCAGACCAGAUGGGUGUGAAGAUCUUAUGGUCGAACGCAUUUUUGAUCAUCUCAGGGCGACAAAAUCCAACCAGAUGGGUCGGCCGUUGCCAUCUUCUGUGGAUGAGAUGAGCAAGUUCAUUGUUAACUUUUGCAUCAAUUUCAUUGACACUGUCAGUUGGAAGGACUCUCUUCCUGAUGAUCUCGCCAGCCCUCAAAGUAGUGAGAGAUCUAGCAAGUCUAUGCGCGAGAUAUUUUCUGAAACUGUCAACAACAAGGCUGUCGAAGAAAAGGACCUGUUUGUAUCGUUCAAGAAAAAGAUGCAUAGGGGGCGAAAGACAUUUGAGGCCAAGAGAGACAAGACCAAAACAGGCAAGAUCAAGAAAGACGAGAUCAGGCAAGAUGAGAUCAGGCAAGAUGAGAGCAAGAAAGAUGAGAGCAAGACUGGGUCCAAACCAAAAGAUGGACAUCAUGAAAGGCAGAAGCAGUCAGAGGAAGUAAUCAAGUCGGAUGACACUGAAACCGACGAUGACUGGGAGCCUAUCAGCAAAGCUGCCGACCUCCUGGACGAGGUCAAAGACAUCCGCGAUGAGCUCACCAUACUGAAAGCAAUACUGACACAGCAGGAUAAUAUCUGGACUGAUGUUCACAAAUCCCCUAACAAUCCGAAAUCUGAAAGAAGGCCGCAUUACAUGCUUACUGAGAUCAACGAAAUGAUUGAGAUAAUAGACAAUAUCAAGAGCUCGGUAAACGAGAUCUUGAACCUCGAGCAGAACGGAACCAGUCUCAGAGAAGCCUUUGAGUCUGUUCAACAAGGGAGAACUCUGAUGGUCUUCACGGUCAUCACAAUUGUGUUUACUCCGAUGUCAUUCCUAUCGUCACUAUUCGCAUUGAACGUCACAUCCUUCCAGCAUGAUAGUAAAGGAGAGCUAGCUUAUAAACCUAGCUGGAUAUUUCCAAUGCUAUUCUGCAUCUCCCUUGCCAUCACCUUCCCUCUCGCGUACCUUGCCUUUUAUCUGGACAAUGUAAAACAAUUAUGGAAAAAGGCCAUAGGAAAGGUCUAUCAACAGUUGCCUGAGACUUUGAAAGAUCCCAAGAUUGAACUGAAAAGGGUGCAGACGAAAUGGGACAAUGUGGAGUCCAGAUUCCGGCGUGAAAAGAAAGACGAGGAGAAGCCUCCUAUUGGUGACGAGAAUGCUUGAAGAUAUGGAGUUGAUGAUUUGGCAGAUUGAGUAUGGGAUUACAGUCCGGUUUGCG